CACGCAUUCACUCUUGCAGCAAAUCGAAGAGAACAAAGUGACUCAUUAACAGAGGAUGGUGCCGGGGACACGUUUACCACCAUUAACGUCUUUGAAUCGCCACCUAAACAAGGCUGUUUUCACAAUUGAAGAGAAUUUUUUUGAAGAAAAUGGAGGAUUAUGUCAACAAUCUCGCAAAUAUGCAUGAUUUUAGUUUAAUGAAUACGAAAGUCUUUGCGAACCUAAAAGGCUCUGGCGGUAACAUAUGGGAAGUCUUUGAAGUUUUAGAUGAUGCCCGACGUGCUAUUUUCAGAAAUACCGUCUUUGGCUAUUUUAUUGAUGUCCCUCGUUUACAAGGGGACGCUUUAUUGUUUCAUAAAAUGUUCCUUCAUCAGAUCCGGCCGGACCCUGUUUUAUCUCCAGAUGGAAUAAAACGUUUAUAUUUUCGAGUAGGCAAUACCAAAAUGGUUUAUGGGCCGGAAGAGUUUUGUUUGAUUACCGGCUUCAAUUUUGGGGAGUAUCCAAAAAACAUUGGGAGAAAAGGGUCGGAAAAAUUAAUAAGCAGUAAAAAAAGAUGUUUACUGCGUGAACGGCUAUUUCCGGACCAUACUAAUAGUUCGGUGAAAAUCGGCGACCUGAAAAGUUUACUUUUAAAUCAAACAUUCCUAGCACUUGACGACCUUGAUGCAGUUAGAGUAUGUUUGAUAUACAUUUUGUGUGAAGGUUUUUUGGGCAAAGAAGUUAACGAUCGGGUGCCACAAGAUUGGUUUUAUUUGGCUGAGAAUUUGGAUCUCUGGAAUAGCUUCGCUUGGGGUAGCUAUCUAUGAGAUUUUACUUAUGUUGACCUUGAGGAUACGUGGAAUAAGAUACAUCAUUAUUUAUCACUUCCUGAGCGUGGUCAAACUUUAAAGUAUUCCGUCUCAGGAUUUACGGCUCCAAUUAGGAUAUGGAUAUAUGAGAUGAUUCCGGCUGUUCGUGCAUGUGGAUUUGCAUUGAGAAAAAAUAAAGACUUGCCUCGGAUGAAAAGAUGGAGCGGAACAAAAAAAAUUGAAAUGGGUUGACGUGAACAAGAUUUGGUCAAAGAUGCAGGUUUAAAAAUAUUUCGUUUAUUAUUAAUAAAGUUGAUUAUUAUAGUUUUAUAUGCA